GGGCAUAGUCGGACUUGAGCUAUUAUCUCAUUAAGUUGUUGAUAAGACUUUAACGGCAUCCUUUUGAGACGGCAAGCUUAUUGAUAGGCAGAGUAAUUGUGACUUGUUUUCAUUUGUUGAUAGAGACGUUUCUGUGUGAUCACGUUUGUUGUUUGAUGGUGUCUUGCAGACUCACUCACUUGAUAAGAAUUUUUAAGCCAUUUUGUAUCAUGUGCGGGCACUGGACGUAAAUUACCCUUUUUCUUUCAUCAGUAAGUGAUCUGACCUGUUGUGUGUUUAGAAGGGGGCGAAUAUGGAUUUAGGGAAAGCGAAGCUUCUGAGGACUGGCCUUAAUACGUUAAGACAAUGUAUUCAUCCUGUGUAUGGAAUAGCGUGGACAGAUGGGAAGCAGGUGGCUUUGACUGGCUUGGACCUAAGGAGCGAUGAGCCCAAAUUUGGAGUUACUACCGUAAUCGGGCAGUUUGAGCACGUCCACGGACUGUAUUGGAGCCAUGUGUAUUCUGCUGGAAGUUCAGCUCUUCUUGCGGUUCAACAUAAAAAACACAUUUCGAUCUGGCAGAUCACUAGGGUGCAAGAACAGAACCGGCUUUUGGUUUCUCAAACGUGCGAAGCCAGUGAACCCUUUCCAUUGCUUCCCCAAGGUUGCGUGUGGCAUCCAACGAAGGAUGUCCUUGCAAUAUUAACUAAACGAGAUGCUUCAAUCUUAUAUGCUGUGCGCGCAGAUAAUUGUCGGGUUAAAGUCGAUAUCAAAGGCAGUGGGCUAAUACAUGGGACUUGUUGGACAAAGGACGGCAGUCGAUUAGUCAUUGCCAUUGGCAGUGCCCUACACUCUUACAUUUGGAAUGAUGUUCAAAAGACAGCUAAUGCUUGUACGUUUUGCCCUAUAUUCGAUGUGGGGAGCUACAUCUGUGCAAUUGAAGCAACCUUAGAUUCUCAAGUUGCAGUGGCCACAGAGCUGCCCCUGGAUAAAAUAUGUGGUCUGAACGCGGGCAUUGCAUUUGACGUUUCCAAUGGUACUGGAACAGAAAUGGUGUCCUCCAACUCUCCUGUUUUGGUUGUAAAUGAGCACUCCGUAGGCAUGAGAAGACGGUCUAUGGGUUCUGAAAGGUCAUUAUCUGCUGACUCUACAUCCUCUUCUUUGUCUGGUCCUGUAGAUCUAACUCAUAUUCUCGCAAACCAUCGAAAGUCUGACCCUAGCCCUUUAAUUCACCUGAGACGCAGGGAUUACCUUACAGGAAGCGGCCAAGAUUCAUCUCGUCUUAUUUUGGUAACGUUUGAAAGGAAAGUGACGACCACUAAAAAAGUUAACAUUCCUGGCAUUUUGGUCCCUGAUAUAAUAACAUUUGACUCUAGAGCUCACGUUGUGGCAGUAGCUUCUAAUACCUGCAGCACUAUUUUGGUGUAUUGUGUAACCUCCUCAGGCAUGCCCAAUGUUCAGCAAAUUCAGUUGGAGAGAAACGAAAGGCCAAAAGGUCUUUGCUUCUUGACUGAUAAAAUAUUGUUGAUUAUGGUAGGAAAGCAGAGAGCCAGUGAGCCAGCAUUCCUUCCUUCUUCUUCAAACUCUGAUAAAUAUUUUGUUAGACUGAUGAUCAAAGAUAUUGUUUUUGAAGAUGAUGCUUCAACUAUGUCUGGGACAAGUUUAGACUCUGGUGUGAGCUUCCCUGGUGCCAGGGUUUCUGAAAGUAUGCCCCAAGAUCAUCAUAUGGCAAGUAAGGAGCUUUUAAUACCAGGCAGCAAUGCUGUUGUAUCUCCUACUGGUAAACGAAGGCUUAUAGAAGAAAUAAGGAGCUCAGGGUGUGAGCAGAGUCAAGGGUCGCAUAUAUCAGAUUUACCUGACAUGCUUCAUCCAAAGUGUGCCACUUUGGGAUUGGAAGGCCUUGAUGCUGAACCAGUUAAUCGAUCUUUCAUUCUGCAUGGAAUAAGCUCUCCUGGCAAAAUACGGAGUAGACCCUUGUCUCCAAGACAAGAAUCAGAGAAUUUUAAUCAGGAUUCUGGUUUGACUAAAAAUAUAAUGCCAAAUGAAAAAUCUCUGGAUAAACUGUCCAGGAAUUUGGAGAAACUAUGCACUAGUUUUGUGGAGGUGCAGCAGUGCCUUUCAGAUUUAACAGACUUCACAAAAAAUGGGAAGAGGAUGUCACCAGGAGGUUAUCCUGCAUCAUCAGAGCCACCUUUUGUUUAUGUUAUAUGUCAGAACUUGAAUUCUAAUGGCAUGGCACCAAGUGAAAGGAGAGCAUUUCUUCUCUGUAAUGGCAGGCUACGUUUGAGUACAGUCCAGGAAGUUUUCAACCUUUCAGCUGUCGAAAUGAAAUAUGGUGCUUUCUGGAUCGUUCUAGUAGCUGAUAGUGAAGGAUUUGUCCCUUUAAUGUUCAAGUCUAAGCAAGAAGUGUUUAUAAGAGAUGGGUCAAUCAAACAAGAGCGUUGUGGAGAUCUUUCUAAAAAGCUUAGUAAACUCACCACUCAAGAAGACGCAAAUCCAAUACAGUAGCAUAUGCUAAAGCAGCUCCUGUUUUGUGCACAUUCUGAAUCAAAAUUUCUGCCUCGAAUCCUCAAAAGUAAACUGUUUAGAAAAUGUCUUUUUCUUUUGUAUAGUAUGCAAGGAAUAUGAAAGAUAAAUCACUUGAUUGUAUAAUUAGUUCACAUCUUAUAUUGUACAGGAGCUAUGGAAUUUUUUUUUUUUUCUUGAAAUGAGAUCCUAUUUUUCUGACUCUCACCUUGGUGAGUUCUGUAAAAGACAUGUUAUGUAUUACACAGUACAGAAGCCUGUGUAACAUGUUUUCAGUUUGUCCUUUAACCGUUUUUUUUUUUUUGGGGGGGGGGGGUGCAGACUAUGUGCUUUUUAUAAAGUAGAAGUGUGGGAAAGGUCUGCAGCCAAAUAAAAUGUUACUUGCUGUAUUAAACAACAUGAAAAGAAUGGCAUGAAGAGUGUCAAAAUAUCUGCAUUGGACUUAAAAAUAUUCUUAAAUGUACAAUCACCUUUCAGCAGGUGACUAAGACAAAAUAUGUUUUCCCCUGCAUGUCAUAUGAGAGGGUUGAAUAGUGACUAUAUCCCCUAUUCCUUCAUUGGCCUCACCUUGUUUUAUAAGUGCUUUGACUGAUGAAAUCUAAAACCUAGUCCUGAAUGUGUCAGCAUUGGUGUUGCAUUUAAAAUUGCUGGGUGCCCAGUUAGAUGGAUAGUUAACUGACGUAAUGAGUUUAAAGCAGUUUUAGUUGCUAAUCAGAUGGAUCAAGCAUCAAGAGUCAGGUCUGAGACCGAAAUAAUGCAGAUAAAGUUCUCUAUAUUGACAGCUAGGUGUUUCAGUUCUUCACAGUAUGUAAAGACUAAUCCAGUUUAAGAACUUUAUUUUUUGUAUACACAGAAAAUGUGUGCAUGUGUUUUGGGAGAGUAUGUAGGUCAGUUAAUGGCUGUUUUAUCGAGGCUCUUGUCUGAAAUCCUCUUAUAUUGUCUGCUGCUAGUACUUAAAAGAACUGUAUUAUUUAUAGACAUAAUAUGUGGAGCACAUGAAACAAGAUUACAUGUAUAAUAAUAAAAUAAACAAAGAAAAAAAACCAAAUAAAAUAAACUUUCUAAAUAAUUGUGUAUAAACCAGUAUGGCAGAUUUUUUUUUGUGAUCAGUUUGAGUAGACACCAUUGUUUCCCAUAGUAAUUCUUGCACUAAUUGUUGGAGAACUCAGACAUGCCCUAGUUAAAGAAAAAAAAAAAGAGGGGUGGUAUUUGCCAUUGUUGUUGCAUCUCUUGGUGGAACAGUGCUGAUGCAUGUGCCUGUGAGUGAUGGUAGCAGCCCCUCCAUGAAAGUUGAUUACAUAUGUACCUAGUUCUUUUCUAUUUCCUGUAACUGAAGCAGAGCUCCUGAUCAAGUUAAAAAAUGCAGGUCUUUAAGAGACAUGCACUUCUUCUUCUUCUUGGGCAUCUAAGUUGCUAUAUACUGCUGCACACCUGUGCAUCCUUGUGCUUCCCCUGCACACCUGAUUUAGAGGUAUUCAUAGGUUUGUAUGUUUAAAAAUGGAGCUUAUAUUGUAUUAAUCUUUUAAAAGGGUGAAUACCAUAGCCCCAUGUUUGUAUUCCUUAUUAUCAUUAAAAUCAUCCGGUGCUUUCUUAAAAGUAGACACAGACUUCCAUUGCUUAACUGUGAGUUGUACCUUGCUCAAUAAUGUAGGCAGAUGCCUUGUCACAUACGAAUCUCUUUUUUGUUUAUGUUUGGUUUUAACAAAAAUUUACUGAACCUGUUGUUAUCCAUUUGGGCUUUUGUCUACAGACAUAGAGCUUCAAAAAUAACUUGGUCUGUGUAUUAAAGACAUAAUAAUCAUCACUUCUCAGGAGACAAAAGUGGCAUUGAAUACAGUGAGACCAUCUUUAACAUAUAUAAAUAGAUUUAUAAGGCUUUACAACUAUUGCUGUGAGAGCCUUUGGAUUUUUUUCUUUCUGUAAGUUACACUGUACUCUAUAAUUGGCUGAGACAAUGUUACAUAGAAUGGUACAAUUAUUCUCUGGAUCCUCUUGAUAUUCUGUUUUAGAUUGGAUAUCUCAAAUGGUUUUCUAGCAAUUGCAGAUACAUUUAGAUUAAAUCCAAGUUUGUUUUGUCAAAGUCUCUUACAGCUUUGCCCAUUUUGUGUAUAUGAGAAUCAGUUUUAUAAUUUUCAUUCAUAACAUUUUCUGCAUUUCUUUACACUGAACAUGAGACUCUUGUGAGAGUGCUAUAAAUGUCAUGUGUAUGCCCCACCAUGC